UUCGCUCCUGAGGAUGGCACCCUGUGCAUGCUCAGGAAACCGCGUGGAGCCAGGUGGGCUGGGCCUAAGCUGCCCUGAUGGCGCAAAAUCAACUCAGCCCAUGCUCAGACGGCUCUCUCUCUCAGAGCUCAGUCAUUUGGUGGCGGUGGUGGUCGGGGGAAGAAGCGGGACCAGGCACUUUCGCGUGUGAGAGUGAGAUGCACUUUGCACAUGCACAGAAGUUCCCAGCAGCAGCGCCAAGUUGCAACCUGAUGUUUUUUUUUGGGGGGGGGGUAAAGAAACACACCGGGCGCUCGGGCUGAAAACCUGCCAGCUGGCGGCAAUUUCUCCAACUUGAGCUUGUGUCCUUCCUCUCUCUCUCUCUCUCUCCACCCCUCGUGGGCACCCCGACCCUCGGCAAGUCCGCCUCCCUCCUUCCCUCUCCCCAGUCCAAGCGCGCAUCCCCAGCCCUUGGCGCAGUUGGGGCCAGCCGGCUCCUUUUUGCGCAUCGCGCUCGCCCGGAAAGGAGGGAGCCCGGCUCGGCGGCGGGAACCGAGCACGGGGCGCUUCUCCGUGUCGCUUUCGCAGCGCCGGGCUGUUGGUCACACGCAGCCUGUGUGUGUCCCCAGCAGCGGCGGCGGAGUGAGCGCGCCCACGUGAUUCCGGCGGUGGCUCCUGACGGCGCCUCUCCAAAGAGCCGCACACCAGAAGGAGAGCGUCCAGAGAGAGCCCCGCCGUUGCCGCUGCCGCUGCGCUCGCUCGCCAGCCUCUCCCUGCGCCUCCAGGACGCCGACGCCGCCGAAGAGUUUCGCCCAGGCUCUCCCGCGUCUCAAUCUCUCCGUCUCUCUCUCGCUCUCUCUCUCUCACCGUGGGCAGCGAGAGGGAGGCAUGGCUGGCUGCGGGCUCUCCGAAGAUGCCGCCUUCUCCCUCUCCUCCUCCUCCACUGCCGCCGCCGCCGCCACCACCUCCUGCUCCUCCUUCUGCAACCUCGCCGCCUCUUGGGAAGCCCCCUUCAGCCACCAGGCUCUUUCCAGUGCUGAUCUCCCGAUGAAGGAAUGCAACAUUCUUUUCAACAGUGCACAGUGUGCUGCUCUGGUUGGUGAAGACCAGCCUCUUUGCCCAGAUCUUCCAGAACUUGACCUCUCUGAAUUAGAUGUGAAUGACUUGGAUGCCGACAGCUUUCUGGGAGGGCUCAAGUGGUACAGUGACCAAUCGGAAAUCAUUUCCAAUCAGUAUGCCAAUGAGUCAUCAAACAUAUUUGAGAAGAUAGACGAAGAGAAUGAGGCAAAUUUGCUAGCCGUUCUCACGGAGACAUUGGACAGUAUUCCUGUGGAUGAGGAUGGACUGCCUUCAUUUGAUGCACUGACGGAUGCAGAUGUGACCAACGAAAAUGAUGCCAGCCCUUCACCGAUGCCCGACGGCACCCCUCCACCUCUGGAGGCAGAAGAGCCGUCUCUACUUAAGAAACUCCUGUUGGCUCCAGCUAACACCCAGCUAAAUUACAAUGAAUGCAGUGGCCUCAGCACACACAACCACACAAACCAUGCCAAUCACAGGAUCAGAACAAGCCCUGUGGUGGUUAAGACUGAAAAUUCAUGGAGCAAUAAAGCGAAGAGCAUUUGUCAACCACAAAAGCCACAAAGACGUCCCUGCUCAGAGCUUCUCAAGUAUCUGACUACAAACGAUGACCCUCCUCAGACCAAACCAACAGAGAACAGGAGCAGCAACAGAGACAAAUUCACCUCUAAAAAGAAGGCGCUUUUGCACUCUCAGGCGCAUCAUUUGCAAGCCAAACCAAUGAGUUUAUCGCUUCCUUUGACGCCCGAGUCACCAAAUGAUCCCAAGGGUUCCCCAUUUGAGAACAAGACUAUUGAACAAACUUUAAGUGUGGAACUCUCUGGAACUGCAGGCCUAACUCCGCCUACAACCCCUCCUCACAAAGCCAACCAAGACAACCCUUUUCGGACUUCACCAAAGCCAAAGUCGCCAUGCAAGACUGUUAUGCCACCUUCCAAAAAACCGCGCUGCAGUGAGUCUUCCAGCUCUCAAGGACAUAACUUAGUUCGGAAGGGUCCAGAACGGUCAGAGCUGUAUGCGCAGCUUAGUAAAACAACUGUGCUGUCUGCCGGUCAUGAGGAGAGGAAGACAAAGCGGCCCGGUUUGCGGCUGUUUGGUGACCAUGACUACUGUCAGUCUGUUAAUUCGAAAACAGAAAUACACAUCAACCUAUCCCAGGAGCUUGAGGAGUCCAGACAAGUCCAAUUGAAAGGCUGCUUGCCUGAGCGGUGGUGCCAUAUCUGUUCUUCUUUCGAACAAAGUGACCAGUAUAAGAGAGAAAUUUCACAGGCGAACAGGCAGGAUUUGCAAUGCAACGGCCGGAAACAGCUCCAAGACCAGGAAAUCCGGGCCGAACUCAAUAAGCAUUUUGGUCCCCCUAGCCAAGCUGUUUUUGAGGAGGAGACCACUAAAACCAGUGCACUGAGGGACAACGGUAAUUAUAGUGACGAACAAUUCUCCAAGCUACCUAUGUUUAUAAAUUCAGGACUAACAAUGGAAGGUCUUUUCGAUGACAGCGAAGAUGAAAGUGACAAACUGUGCUGGUCGUGGGAUGGGACGCAAGCCUACUCCUUGUUUGACCUGUCGGCUUCUUGCUCAUCUCUUAACUCUCCAUGCAGAGAUUCAGCGUCUCCACCCAAAUCCUUCCUUUCUCAAAGAUUCCAAAGGAUGCGUUCUCGAUCAAGGUCCUUUCCUCAGCACCGGUCUUGUUCCCGCUCUCCAUAUUCCCGAUCGAGAUCAAGGUCGCCGUGCAGUAGAUCCUCCUCAAGAUAUGACAGCUAUGAGGAAUAUCAGCAUGAAAGGCUGAAGAGGGAAGAAUAUCGCAAAGAGUAUGAAAAACGGGAAACUGAAAGGGCCAAACAAAGAGAGAGACAGAGGCAGAAAGCAAUUGAAGAACGACGUGUAAUUUAUGUGGGCAAAAUUGGGCCUGACACGACCCGAACAGAACUGAGAGACCGGUUUGAAGUUUUUGGUGAAAUUGAGGAGUGCACCGUAAAUCUACAGGAUGAUGGAGAUAGCUAUGGUUUCAUCACUUACCGCUACACUUGUGAUGCCUUUGCCGCUCUAGAAAAUGGGUACACGCUGCGCAGAGCCAACGAACCUGACUUCGAACUGUAUUUUUGUGGACAAAAGCAAUUUUGCAAGUCAAACUAUGCAGACCUAGAUUCAAACUCAGACGAUUUUGAUCCUGCUUCUACGAAGAGCAAGUAUGACUCCAUGGAUUUUGACAGCUUACUCAAAGAGGCACAGCGAAGCUUGCGGAGGUAACGUGCAUCAUGGCCAAGGAAAAUGGAGGGAUGGCGAAUACCUCAUGGACGGCAAGUCCUUCAAUAAUGAACAAUGAAGAAGUCAUGCUUACAAAUUUCUCCCUAACUCCACACACUCUCCAUAUACAAAAAAAACAUAGUUUACAUGGACAGCUGCUUAAGGAAUGAAGAGGCAAAAUGGGUCUGGUGUGAGCGUUUGUGUACCCCCUGAGUCUCAACUUUGCUUUUCCAGGGUGAAGAGGGCGAGGGUUUCGAUCUUUGUAGAGUGCCAAGUGAGAACCAUUUGACAUGGCAGCAGUUCCAUAGAGAUACGUUUUAAAAUAUAUAUAUAUAUAUAUAUAUAUAUAUAUAUAUAUAUAUAUAUAUAUAUGCGAACUCCAAAAUUGUGUACAUAGGACAUUUUCAAAAUGAAGCAAAUUCAAACUUCCGCUGCUGACACCUGAGACACACUGCAGGUUUGGGGAUUUUGUUUGUUUGUUUGUUUCAUUAAAGAAGCUUCUUCUCACGCCAUGUUGUUUUAAAAUGACGACAAUCCUGAAGAAAUCUACAGGUCCACAAAGCCCGCCAUCUUUCAUUGUGCUUCUCUCAUGAAGGCAAGGGAAGGGCAGAAAAUGGUGGAAGGAUUAACAACUUCCAUAGCGUUUUAAAGUUCUGUCUUUUUAAUUGUGACAUCCAAAACAUUUAUCUUACAUAGAGAAAUUUUGAGACCCUCAUUAACAGCCAGCUUCUUGGGUGUUUUUUCCCCCCUUCGAUGAGCCGACAUGGUGUUACGCUACAAAAACAUUGAGGGCAAAUCUUCAGAGGGGGGGGGUUGGAGGGGGGUGUACAGUUAGAUUAUUUACUACAUUCAUGAAUGUAGUUAAGUAUUUACAGAUGCUAAAUGGAGUAUUUUUAUUUUGUGUACAUACCGUAUGACAAGACGAUGCUCUUUUUUUGUUACAGCUAUGCACUGUAAAUGCAGCGUUCUUUUAAGAAGGAGAAAAAAAAACCCGCUGAAAUUUUUCUUAAUCAAGAAUAUUCAAAUGUAAUUAUAUGGGGCAAAACAAUAUUGUACACUAACAUAUUUAGAAAGCUGAACUUAAUGCUUAUAUAUAUUUGAUUGUAAAAGAAAAAGAAAAAGUGUGUGUGGGUGCGUGUUGAGUGCAAAAAUAUUGAUGCUAUACGCACAUCAUCCAUCCCUUCUUUGAGUAGCUUAUCAAAUAACAUUGACCAGAAUUCAGCCAAAGUUAAAAACAAAAGUUAUUGAUUAGCUAGACUGGCGUAAUUGUGUCUAAUCCUUUGCCAUGCCACAAAAUGUCUACCCGCGGUAUUUCACAGUAUGCCAGUGUAGGGAUCUGGAUAUAUAUAUUUCCAUAUAUUUGUAUUACAUUUGAUAUUAAAGUCCUGGGCCCUCCAGAUGGAUGUCCUAUUUAGGACAUAAAGUCAAGAGGAGGUUGCAACGUUUAGCAGAGAAGCAACCGGCAGGAGUUUGCCUCUCUGCAUCUCUUAAGUCCUAUUCAUUUCAUUGGAGGAGUUAGGCACAUACUUAAAUUUCUCAGUUGAGUUUGGUUGAGACUGCAGUACUAUCCAUACUUAAUUGCACUGCAAAAAGUACUUAACUUUGGCUGGAUCAUACCUUUGUCAAGAACUUACCUUGGGCAACAAGGCAUUAACCUCCUUUGCAAUAUUUUUUCCCACAUUUUUGGGGGGUGCCUCUUUCUUUAGCUGUUUUAUAUAAACAAAAUUUAUUAAUGGGGGGGGCGGGAUAUUUUUCUCAUUUAAAAGUUUUUUCUAGAAGAUGCCAUAAUUUUAUGUGAAGCUUCUCAAAUGGGAAAUCAUUAAGAAGUGUUUUUAUUUUAUGUAUCGAUGAUAGCUUUGGAACUAGAAGUCACAAAUCUUUUUAAAAAUGAUACUUUGUUUUAAUCGUUGUGACUUUAAUUUGAUAAAGAAAAUUUGCUGUGGUACAGAGCGCAGUUAUGGUUUUUACAAUAAUCCCGUGUGUCUGAACACUGUUCUUGAAGCCAGUAAUCUGUUCAUUGGCAGAGUUCAAUGAUUAUCUAUGAUUUUGAAAUGUACGCAUCCUCUGUAUAAACACUAAUUCUUCAUUCCUUUGUUUACUUAAAGAUGCAUAUUUAUCGGUUGUGAUUAACCUAUUUAUUAUAAAUUAUGAGGUGACUAAAAUAAUAAAAAGGCCAGUGGACAUUUUUAUGUAGGAUGCACACCGGUUGUCAGGUUGCUAAAUGUAUUAUUUUCAUUUGGUGGAGGGGGAAAUCUAGCUCUUUUUUUCUUCAGAAGCAGUGAUUCUUCUUCCUUCUUCUUCUU